AUAAAUAACUCGAAUAUAUUAUAAGCCUCUAAAAAACCAAAGGCCGAACUCAGAAAUACACCCGAAGCUCAUCAGCUAAAACUGAGUUUAAUAAACCAAAAAAUCAACCCUAGACACACUGCUUUCUUUCUGCCGCACAACUCUUCUUCCUCUUUUUUCUUCUUCAUCUGCUCGCCGCCCGGAGCCGUGUCAGGAUCGUGUCCAACUUCUUUUUUCUUUGACGUAUUUCGGCGUGUCCCGUACGUAUCGGGCGUAUGUACGACACCGGUACGAGAGGGGAAGAGCCGUGUCGGUGUUUCAUAGGUUUUAAGUCUAGAUAUCAUGGUAAGCAAGUUGUAUUUCUGAAACACAGAGCCUAUGGAACCUGAUGGUCAUAGGAGAUUGAGGAGAAGGGAUCAUCUUGUUCAGGAAAAUGGAGAUCCUGAUCUAUCUUGUUCCAUUGAUGAGUUAGAUCCAUGGACUGCAUGGGCAUACAAGCCUCGUACUAUUUCAUUUUUAUUUGUUGGCGCAUGCUUUCUAAUUUGGGCAAGUGGAGCCCUUGAUCCUGAGAGCAACAAAUCUGGUGAUCUUGUCACAUCUGUAAAAAGGGGUGUAUGGGCAAUGAUUGCAGUUUUUCUUACUUAUUGCAUGCUGCAGGCUCCUUCUACGGUCCUUAUUCGGCCACAUCCUGCAGUUUGGCGUUUAGUUCAUGGAAUGGCUGUUGUUUACCUUGUUGUACUCACUUUUUUGCUUUUUCAGACACGUGAUGAUGCUAGGCAAUUCAUGAAGUUUCUCCAUCCUGACCUUGGUGUUGAGCUUCCAGAACGAUCCUAUGGUGCUGAUUGUCGCAUUUAUAUUCCUGAAAAUCCCUCUAGCAGAUUUAAGAAUGUUUAUGAAACUCUAUUUGAUGAAUUUGUUCUAGCCCACAUCUUAGGUUGGUGGGGCAAGGCCAUUUUAAUCCGCAAUCAGCCACUUCUCUGGGUCCUCUCAACUGGAUUUGAGUUUAUGGAGCUUACCUUCCGACACAUGCUACCCAACUUUAAUGAGUGCUGGUGGGACAGCAUUAUUCUUGAUAUUUUUACAUGUAAUUGGUUUGGUAUUUGGGCUGGAAUGCAUACUGUUAGGUACUUUGACGGCAGAACCUACGAGUGGGUUGGAAUAAGUCGCCAGCCUAACAUUAUUGGCAAAGUGAAACGAACAUUGGGACAAUUUACGCCAGCCCAGUGGGACAAAGAUGAAUGGCACCCCUUGCUUGGUCCAUGGCGUUUCAUUCAAGUUCUCAGCCUUUUUAUCGUCUUCUUGACAGUAGAACUUAAUACAUUCUUUCUAAAGUUUUGUCUCUGGAUUCCUCCUCGAAACCCUGUGAUUGUCUAUAGGUUGAUUUUGUGGUGGCUAAUAGCAAUACCAACAAUUCGUGAGUACAACUUAUACCUUCAAGACCGUAAACCAGUGAAAAAGGUAGGAGCAUUUUGUUGGCUUUCUCUCGCGAUUUGCAUCAUCGAGCUUCUCCUAUGCAUCAAGUUUGGACAUGGUUUAUACCCGAAGCCGAUGCCACGAUGGUUGGUAGUUUUCUGGUUGUCUAUGGGAUCCACUCUCGUAUUGUUCCUUAUGAUUUGGUCAUGGAAACUGCAGCGGAGUUACCGCAAAAAGAGACGAUAAUUUCAAUAUACUAUUCUUUUGGUUACUUGCACCAUUGAUUGGCUGUAAUGUAAAUACUUGUAACUUUUCAUAAAUUGUAAUUCUAGGCUUAAAUAAUAACUAUAGGUACUUGUUAUUUUUUAACAAUUUUUGUUGAAAAAAGUUUCAGAACCAAAAUGUGAGUUAUUUCUAAUUAAAUUCAAAAUUCAAAAUUAAAA